AUGCCGCUGGCCAGACCCGAUCUGUUUCUGCACUUUUUACAGGCUAUCGACUCAGUUUAUUUUAUGGGAUUCACAGAAGUGGAUAAAACCUACUUUGUUGUUCGUAUUUGCCGGAAACCCAAUGACUUGUGUGAAAUGUGGGUGUUGCUUCGAGUUGAUGGAGUUGGAUGUUUUGAGCAUCCAAUCCAUCCUGAUACCAUCUGUUCUGUGGACAGUAAGAACUCAUGGAGUGGAAGUGGUCUGAAGAUGGAGUGUCUUGAGCCACAUCGGCGAUGGCGAAUCAUGUUUAGCGGACUUCUCAGAAGGGGACCAUACAAAAAUAAAUGGACUGAAGAUGAAGGGGAACUUCUGUAUGUCAAGUUUACUUUUAUCUGGACGGCCUUUUCCUCUGUGUUUGACUUUGACACUGAUAUUCACGCCAGUGCAAUUGCUCAAAGCAUUGCUCAGGAGACAUGGAGUAAAGCUUUCCUUGACAAGCUGAAAAAGUACAAUCAACAGCAGACACAUUAUGAGCAGUGGGGCCAGUAUGUUGGAGAAAUUGAGAUUGAGGGAUAUGAGAGAAAUGAGCUGCUUCUUCGUGGAGUAAGAGAUCACUCUUAUGGUAUCAGAAAUUGGGCACAUAUGCAUCGCUAUGUUUUGCUUUUAGCACACUUUGAGAAUGGAUUAUCAAUGAAUUUAAUAAUUCUCUCCAUUCCUGCAACCACAACAAAUAUGACAAUAGGUUAUGUGAUGUUUCCAAACGGAAAAAAGGUUGGGAUUGACUGGUCAGAUGCCUCUUUAACUGAUAUUGCUGAUGAUGGGAACAUUGCUGACCUGUACAGAAUCAGUUUUACAGCAGAAGGUCAGUUAUUUCACCUGCAAGUGUCAAUCGAUAAGGAUGCUUCUCCUGUGAUAUAUGGGGGACUAAACUGGGAAAGUAGAAUCCAUGAGUGCGUGACAAAUUACCGUCUGAAUUUAACUGUUCGUGGCUGGGGCAUAAUGGAACUUCAUUACAGAAAUGAGAGUGGUCGGCAGGCUCCAGACUUUAUACCAUUUGAAAAAUUGCAGGAACCUGUGGUGCCAGCAUGCUCCAAGCUGGUGUUGGCACUCUCUGAUAAGACAUGCCAAUGUACUGCAGUGGUAGGCAGUAAAGGAGCUCAGUUGGCACAACUAUUGGAAGUGCAAAACCGCCUUAGGAAUCAGUUUUUUGUACCUAUUGGACUCUGUGUCACAAUUGCAGCCCUGGAACAUCAGAUGAAAAAGAACAGCUGUCUUCAGCAAACAGUAACAGAGCUGAACUACAUGGCCUGCAAUGGAAAUAAAGAUGAAAAUCUUCGUGAACUGUGUGAAAGAUGUGUUGAAUUGUUCAGGACAACCAAACUGUCUCCAGAGAUAGAACAUGCCAUUCAUGAACAGCUGACAGAGCUGAGGCUGCUGGGAGCAGAGGAGCGCUUGGCUGUCAGGUCCAGUGCAACUGGGGAGGACACAAAGGACACAACUGCUGCUGGGCAACUCAACACAGAGCUGGGAGUGAAAGGCUUUGAACAGGUCUGUGACGCUGUUCUGAAAUGCUGGGCUUCCCUCUACUCAUUCCAAGCUGUUCAGUAUCGUCAUCAAAAGGGACAACCAGUGGCAUUGGGCAUGGGCGUGGUGAUCCAGCAGAUGGUACCAGCCCAGGCAGCAGGUGUAUUGUUUACAUGCGAUCCUAUCACAGGACACUCGGGCAGGAUGAUUAUCAAUGCAAAUUAUGGACUCGGAGAGUCUGUGGUGAGUGGUCAUUCAGAUCCUGACACCAUCACCCUCUCACACAAUCUGAAAGGGAAAUAUCAGAUUAUCAAGAAGGAAAUUGGAGUAAAGAAGCAACAGUGCUCAGAAAAUGAUGAAGGUGGAAUUAAAUAUGAAGACACUUUAAUUUCGGACGCUGCAAAAUGCUGUAUCGCUGACGAUGUCAUUCUGAGAUUAGGACAAGUGGCUUUUCAGGUCGGAAAAGUUUAUGGAGAUGCAAGAGAUAUUGAGUGGGCAGUCAUAGAAUCAAAGAUUUAUUUGCUGCAGGCCAGACCAAUAACUACAUUCUUCAUUGAAUCUGAGUUUGAGCUGAUGCAUGAGUUUGAUUCUGCCUUGCCCACAGACUACGACUGGAUGACAACCUCAAACGUUGGUGAAAUGAUGCCUGGAGCUGUGACACCUCUAACAUCAAGCAUCUUUGUGAGAGCCAUUGAAUAUGCAAUACAGGAAUCGUCAAUGAAAGCUGGAGGAAACCCUUGCUUUUCACCCUAUAACUACAAGUACUUAGGCAUCUGCUGUUCCCAUUUGUUUCUGAAUCUCAUGAGCUUGAAUGCCAACAUGGAACAGAAUAACAUCAUUACCCAGAAGAAAAUGAAUGAAUUUGAACUGCUCGGAAGGGUGCUGAAUGAAUUAUCAUUAUAUGAUGUUACUUUGAUUUACGGCAAAUCACCUUUGUGGAAGCGAAUUUUCAAUGCAUUUCGAUACCUACAGUAUAUGCUCACUGCGGAGUCAAGGGUAAAAAGAUUAAUGGAGAAAAUGAAGACUUAUCAGAUUCAACCUGCAAACCAAGCACUGGAAUUUUACUUCAAUAUAGAUCGGCAGCUGCCUGAUUAUUUUGAGGCAUGGUCCAUAUCAUUGUCAAAAUCUUGUAUCUCUGGAAUGUGGAAUGCAGUUUUGGUUUCGGUUUUGUUAGAAGGAAAAGCAAAAUGGACCCCUGAACAAGUGGCUGAUGUUGCAGUGUUGUAUAGCACAUGUACAGAUGUUGUAUCUGCUGACAUUCCCUUAUCUGUGGAGGUGAGUAGAAACUGUUAAUUUCUUCCUACUAAA